AUGCUGACCGAAACGGAACUUUACGAUGCCGCGCUCAACCAUUUUGCCGAAAAUGACAUUGAGGGGGCUGUGAAUGCAUUUAAAGAAUUGAUUGACACCUAUCCAGACUAUAUUGAAGGAUACCUUGGGUUAGGACAUGCUUAUGAACGGCUCAGUCUCUACGAUGAAGCGAUUGAAGCUGUUCAGAAGGCGAUUGCUAUUGACCCGAAGGAUCCGCUUGCAUAUACCAGCCUAUCUAUCUGUUACCAACGAAAAGAGAUGAUCCAAGAAGCAGAAGAUGCGAUGGCAAAAUCGCAGGAACUGCAAUUGGAAGCGUCCCGUUCGUCUACAUGAUGCCUUAGGGGAUUGGCGAGGUUGGGAAACCUCGCCAGCGAAAAACACUGGGAUUGGCGAGGUUGGGAAUGCAGAUCGCAUGAAUCAACGCCGAGUG